UCUUACAGGGAUGUACUAUAGUAGCAAAGGUCAUGACGAAGGCGUGGAUGUUCCCGAAAAUUUCGCACGAUUUAUCAUAUGCGCUUUGCGAUUUCCUACGUGAUCAGAAUUACUUCGAUUCGCUGAUUAUGAAUUUUAUCAAGGCACAGACUUGUGAACCUGUUCGAUUAGCAUGCGGUCGUGUGUUAGAGGAAUGCCUUUCAUUGAAGAAUCGAGAAUAUGUGGUUAACAAGGGUUAUUUGAAAAAGCUGGUUGCAACAGCCGAGAAACUGAACAAAAAUCCGGAGCAACAACGAAUGUCGCUGUCGAUCAUGGAAAGUUUAUUCAAGCAUUCAACUGCUACCACUUACAGGCUAAUUGAGUAUGGUGUUCUGGAUCACAUCCUGCUGACGUGUAAACGUGCUACUGAUACGCCAAUAACCUUACGGCAUGCUGCUCUAGCACUUGCCAAUCUGUCGUUGUACAGCUGUUCGGAAGCAAAGAAAAAAAUUAUUCAGAAGAAGGUACCGGACUGGCUGUUCUUGCUAGCAUCACAACCAGACGAUAUAACACGUUACUACGCAUGCCUAGCAAUUUGUAUGCUUGGAAGUACGAAAGAAAUGGAAGCAGCAGUGAAUAAAUCGGGUACUUUAGCUUUGGUAGAACCAUUCCUACUUGCUCAUCAAGCAAUUACUUUUGCUGGUGAUCAUUACAAGCAUUCACAAGGACGACCAAAGGAAUGGCUUGAAAGGUUGUUGCCAAUGCUCAAGUCGAAAUGUCGCGAAGCACGUAGUAUUGCUGCAUUUCACUUUACAAUGGAAGCAACAAUAAAGAAAGAUCAGCAAAAACUUGAAGUUUUUCAAGAAAUAGGAGCAAUAGUGGCACUGAAAGAAAUUGCAUCAAGUCCAGACGAAGUGGCUGCGAAGUUCGCAAGCGAAGCUUUAACUGUGAUAGGUGAAGAAGUACCCUACAAACUUACUCAACAAGUGCCAUGCUGGACAAUUGCCGAUGUGCAGUACUGGGUGAAAAAGAUUGGCUUUGAAUCCUAUGCAGAUGCAUUUGCGAAGCAUAUGGUCGAUGGUGAUUUGCUGUUGUUACUAACUGAAAAAGAACUUGAACAAGAUCUUCAGAUGUCUUCAGCCCUUCUUAGAAAACGUUUCAUCCGUGAACUGGAAAGCCUUAAAAUCGCAGCUGACUACGGAAGUGUGGACGAAAGUCAGUUAGAUCAGUUCUUGAUGUCGUUAAGUCCUGAAUUAUCAGUUUAUACAUAUCAGAUGCUUGGUAUGGGACUAAAUCGUAGUUUGCUGCCCUCUUUAACUGACGAGAUGAUGAAAACUGUGUGCGGCAUGCAUAAUCCUAUCCAUAGGCUCAAACUACGGCAAGCAUUGCAAGACAGCAAACAUAUCGAUGACAUUGAAGUUGCGAUACUGAGUAAGCAAAUUGAUGUAUUCAUAAGUUAUCGACGUAGUACGGGUAAUCAACUGGCGAGCCUUAUCAAAGUUUUACUUCAGCUUAGAGGAUAUAAGGUAUUCAUUGAUGUUGAUAAACUGUAUGCUGGUAAAUUUGAUUCAUCAUUGUUGAAAAAUAUCCAGGCGGCGAAGCACUUCAUUCUUGUGUUAACACCAAAUUCCUUGGAUAGGUUAUUCAAUGAUCAUAACUGUGAAGACUGGAUACAUAAAGAGCUACGAUGCGCUUUUGAUCAUCAUAAAAAUGUUAUACCGAUUUUUGAUCAGCAUUUUGAUUUCCCCGCCGAUACUGAUUUGCCAGCUGAUAUACGACACAUAACGCGUUACAAUGGUGUACGUUGGGUACAUGAUUAUCAAGAAGCUUGUAUGGAUAAAGUGGAACGUUUUAUCAAAGGUGAACUGAACCGGACACCAAGUAUUGGUCAGCAUCAGACAUCGGGCGCAUCAAGUGCAAGUAGCGGAACUCAGCAACGUAAAGUGUCUGCGCGAUGGUCAAUCGCGAAAACAAGCCAAAAAUGUUCGGUAACAAGGCAACAGCACAGUGAACUGCCAAACAACCAUUGUAUGUCACCUCGGCCGCCGCUGAGAAGCAGCGCAACAAGCAGCAUCAGCCGUUCAUGAUUGAUGCAUAUUUUCCUCCAAGUAGUUGUCUUAUACAUUACUGAAUGAAUGAAGGGCGGCGUAGAAUUUUCUACGGGUUUUUGUUUUGAUUCCGAUGUACCUGAUUCAAUAUUGGUUUUUCAGUUCAGUUCACUUGGUGAAAACAUAAAUACAUGGGGUUAUUGCUGAAAUAGAACUAAUUUUGAUUCUCUUAAGAAAUGCAUAAAGAAUUGCCAGACUGUCUUUGUUGUCAGCGAAAUCUCCUUGAAAAGAAAUUCAGGAUACUGCCUUUACAGGCC